CAGCCACCUAGCCUUCCACCGUCCCGCUCGCGUCGUCGCGUCAAUAUUCACGCCCGCUCUGGCCGUGUUGGAGUCGUCGCUGCCUCUCGCCGGCUUGCUGCCGGAAACCGUCCUCGCCGUCUUCACCGUCUGUUGCUGCUCAUCUCACGCAUCGUAGCCAGAAUAUCGUCGGAGGCGAGGUAGCGCGAAGACGUGUCCGCCGCAACGCAGCUAGAGAAUACCGAAACAGCGAACCGCUAUCUCCAUUAUCCUCCCUCCACUAUCCUGCUCCGCCUCGCAAUCGCAGUCUCAGCCAGAAGACCCGUCAGCCAGCUCGUCUGCAACGACUUGUUCCCGUCGUUUCAGCUCCCUUCACCGACUCAGCUUUCUCAAGAGACAAUGGUUGACGGUGCUGUGCUCAGGCUUGCGCGUCGAGUAUUCUUUGGGCUUGCUCAACGUGCGCUAGAGCUUACUAGAAGUGUUGCACUCUGGUUUGCUAGGAGUGUGCGAGGGCUUGCUGCUCUAGGAACAGCCUGGCUUGAUUAUCAAGUCAACAAACCUUAUGUCAAAUCUAUUGAGGACUUACGGACUCUCUGCCACCAGUCCACAUUGCACAAAGAUGGACGCGUAGAGUUUUCGUUCUCCGCAUUCACCUUCGUCUCUAAGGAAUAUACGGUCUAUUAUGGGCGAUUAUCGAACAGGAAGCUUACUCCUGAAACGAUCAAUAAGAGCUUGGAACGCGUUCCAGACGAGGAUGUGUAUCCUACGGCUCCGUCGCAUAUAACGGGUGUCGAGAAGGUGGAUAGCAGUUCCUUCUUUAAGGGGCCUAUGCUCACAUUCUAUGUUGAACUAGGGGGUUCAGGGCAGAUCGCAAAGGCGCUCCUACAAGAAGCUGAGACGCUGGAGAUUCUACGGCGCCGUCCUCACCCCAAUGUCGUCCGGUAUCACGGCUGUCAGGUCCAUAGAGGUCGUAUUGUUGGCCUACUAUUAGAACGACAUCCUUGCACACUAGAGGAACGUCUUUAUAAUGGCAGCCACGAUCUCAACUUAAAGUUAGGCUUUAAUGGAGUUAAGUUAGGGGUAAGGCAUCUUCACAGUCUUGGGCUUGCUCAUAACGAUAUUAAGCCAAGCAACAUUAUGGUCAGCGCAGACAAUACGUGGAUUCUAAUCGAUAUGGGCUCCUGCAGGUCUAUUAGGGACACUCUUAUAAUAGCAGGUCACCCAGAAUGGCAAAUUUCAUCGAAGGAGCAUGACGAGGCUGCAUUGAGUGAGCUUUAGACCUGGCUAUAUAAAGAAAAGGGCAAUCUUGCGAGCAAU